CACAGCAGAAGAUUGCAUGUCACUAAAAUUCAGCAGUUUUCCUUUCUGUGGUUGCUGCUUGUUGCAUCCAUCUUUUAUCCUCUUGAGGUGUGUUUUGCUAAAUCUGAAAGGGCAGAGACAGAGAUAGGAUUUCUGUGUGAAGGAAAAUAGAAACAAGAAAUGUUAUCUUGGGGAAAUUCUUCCCAACUUUUAGUUUAUCUAAUCCACCAUAAAAGCAAGGAAAAAGAUAGUUUUCUUUUGUUGAAGAAGGAAUUUUCUAAACUGAAACUUUUAGUUCACCUUCUCAAGGCAUUUACCUGAAGGUCAAUGGGUGCUGCCACUUCAUAGCAUUAAUGAUUUUUCUAUUUUGUAGUUUAAGAAAUGGGAAUGGAGGUAACAACUGAUGCUUAGAUGUCCCUUUGGCAAGAGCCAAAAAUUCUUGUCCAAAAAAAAUGGAUGAUGAAGACUGCGAGAGGAGAAGAAUGGAGUGUUUAGAUGAAAUGUCCAAUCUUGAAAAGCAAUUUACAGAUCUCAAAGAUCAACUUUACAAAGAAAGAUUAAGCCAAGUGGAUGCAAAACUGCAAGAGGUCAUAGCUGGAAAAGCACCUGAAUAUUUAGAACCAUUGGCAGCAUUACAAGAAAAUAUGCAAAUCAGAACCAAGGUGGCAGGUAUCUAUAGAGAGCUUUGUCUGGAAUCUGUGAAGAACAAGUAUGAAUGUGAAAUUCAAGCCUCUCGACAACACUGUGAGAGUGAAAAGCUUCUGUUGUAUGAUACUGUACAAAGUGAACUAGAAGAGAAGAUUAGAAGACUUGAAGAAGACAGACAUAGCAUUGACAUUACAUCAGAAUUAUGGAAUGAUGAGCUACAGUCAAGGAAAAAAAGGAAGGAUCCAUUUAGUCCAGAUAAAAAAAAGCCUGUUGUUGUAUCAGGCCCCUAUAUAGUUUAUAUGUUACAAGACCUUGAUAUACUUGAAGACUGGACGACAAUAAGGAAGGCAAUGGCUACUUUGGGGCCACACAGAGUAAAGCCAGAACCACCUGUCAAAUUAGAGAAACACCUACAUAGUGCUAGGUCUGAAGAAGGAAGACUGUAUUAUGAUGGAGAGUGGUAUGGACGCGGACAGACGAUAUACAUUGAUAAGAAAGAUGAAUGUCCUACAAGUGCCAUAAUUACAACAAUUAACCAUGAUGAAGUUUGGUUCAAAAGACCAGAUGGAAGCAAGUCCAAGCUAUAUAUUUCUCAGCUACAGAAAGGAAAAUAUUCAAUAAAGCAUAACCACAACUGACUAUUGCUAAGCCAUGCUUGAUGUGCCAUGGGAUGAAAGUUGUAUUUAAUAGCAUUUUGUAUUCCUUAUAAAUUUACAGCAGUAUCUGAUGUGUAUUUGUAGUGCUGUAUGUAAACUUCAUACAGAUGGCUUUCAGAAACCUGAGGAUGUUAAAUCAUGUUGACAGACAUUUUACCUCUAAAUUGGGUACAGUGCCUAGAUAUGAAGUAUGCUCUUCAAAUGUAAUGGCUCAGAAUUUCUCAUUAAAAGUUAAUCUUUUAAAAUGGAAAAAAUAAAAAUAAAAAAAAAUUAUUUUUCAUUGGUGACCAGUUUGUUUGAUAAAAACGAUACCCACGAUUACCAGCAACUGAUUUUGUUUUUCAGUGAACGUCAUGCUUCUCUUGUGGAUAUAAAUUUAGCUUGUUUAGCUAUUGCUUUUAAAUAGAUUGUAACAUGCAUAAAGCAUUCUUUUAUCCGAAGUGGAUUGAUUUAUUAAAGUUGUUGCCCUCGACAGCUCUGCUAGUUCUGACUGUUAUAUUUUGUGAGGUUUUCUACAUUGUUUGUAAUGAUACAAAGCUAAUAUUUUGAGUUAAUUUUUUUCAGGAGCACUUUUCUAACUUAGGAUUAUACAGAAAACAUAUUAUUGGUAAUUUUUUUCUUCUUCCCCAGAUUAUCAUCAAGAUUAAUGUGUAAAGUAAAUAGUGUUCCUCCAACACGUGUUACAUGCAGCCCACAGAGGGUGGCUGCUGGGAUGAUUAUGUAAAUACUGUUGCAUGCUUUGAUUAUUUGAUCCAUAGUUGUAUGGAAUGUGGUGAGUUUUUUUUCAAAAGGGAAAUAUUUCCCCAGAAAUCGUGUAACUGGGCAAAUUUUCACUGUCUUCUUCACCAAACGUCGUUUUCCAAAUUUCUGUAACCCAUUUCAUCUUUCAUCACCAUUGUAUACCAUUAUUUUAUGCAGCUUAGAAAGCUGAAUUUGUCUUGUAUCUUACUGUUUAAGCCACCAAGAAAAAUCCUUAAUCCUUAAUGUUACUGUGAUGUGCUUGAAGCAUCUAGACUGUUAGAUGGGAUUGUUGAAGAAUUUUUAACGUGUUGGUUAUGUGCACUUUAAUCUCCACUUAUGAUGACUCUGUGGAGCAAGAAAGCAUCCAUUUGGUUUAAAGGAUCACAGCAAAUAAGUAUUUUUAUUGUAACAUAUACACUGUUUAUUCCUAUAUUAAUUGUCUCUUUUAGUGCAGGUAACUACUUUCCAAAUGCCAAAUCAGUUUCUUCUGAGUGAUGCUUUUCUACAAGCGUAUGACGUGAAUAAUGUAUAUAAAGUAUCAGUUGACAUUGGCUUUUAACAAGAUGAACUGUAUGUAUACAGUUGUUUGAUAAACUUUUUGUAAUAAAAUAUUCGUAUUUUUUAACUUAGUAUAUAAAUAAAUGAUUGGUGUUAGUGGACAUCCUGAACGUUGUGCUUAUUUGUUCUCUAGUCUUGGUGUUGCUGAUGUAACAACUCUGUAAGCAAAGUAUAUUUAAGUUUGCAAAAAGCAUAAAUCAUUUUAAAGCUC